AUAGAGGUUUCUCAGUUGAUAAGUACCUGUACAAAAUAUCGAAUUUUUGAACAUUCCACUGGAUACAAUCAUUUUUAUAAAGCGCUGUAUUAAAAUUUUUAGAAAUAUUUCUGGAGUUUCGCUGUCUAAGUUUCUUGUAGGCAUAGUUCCCCUCAGCAAAGCCUGUAGUCGGCAAAAAAUAACAUUUUUCAGAAUUGAAACUUUGAGCAUAAUACUUUUUAGAAAUAUUUGUUUCAAAAAAACAUUUUAAAGCUAUAUGGAAAUUUUAAGCAGGCACAGCGCAACCAGUGGACUGUUUAUAAAUAGUAAGUGGAAACAAGCAGGUAUUUUCUAAGGGACUUUUUCUGAUCUUAAAAAUUUUUUUUCGGCAAGCCCUUCCCAGCCCUCCUAUUUUUGGUUUUGUGUGCAGUGCCUGAUUUGAAGUAGCAAAUUGGAAAAACAAAAUCUUCUAAAAAAGUUUUAGAAAUUUCGUAAAAAUAAAUGUGCGCGAGUUGUUCACAAAUUUGCCUGGACCACCGACUCCUCAUAAUCCUUGUGAGUCCUGCCGUUGAACCGAAAAUGAAAACCUUUGAUACUGCUGUGCUUAAUGUGACGUCAGAUUUGAAGACAUCAUUUGAUCACGCAUAUAUGUUUUAGCUGUAAAGACUCAUACCUUAAUCAAAACUGCAUCGAUUAAGAAAUGUGAAAGAAAUCCGUUUAUUCAGAAGACGUUAUUAUUAACAAUAAAGAGGAAAGAAAUAAUAAGGGAUGGCAGCUUAUCAUUGGGAGGCAUUAAGACGCCAGCGAGUCAUUGACAGAAAGCAAGAGGCGAGGCAAAGGAUAGCCAAAAGGAUGGUAAUAUUGCGUUCACUUGUAGCGCCAGAUCUGGGAAUGUUGUCACUUCAAAAAAUACGAGUUUGCAUAUGCAAUUUCGGGGUUUCAUUUAUCUUGUUGGCAGUUUAUAUCUUACCUGACCUUGAGGAAGAGGAAAAGUUGCGGCUAGAAGAGGAGUCUAGACUUGAGAGAGAAAAACGUCAACUAGAAGAUGCGAAGAGACGAGAAAGAGAAGAACACCUACGGCAAAGAGGCGAGGGUGGCAUGUACCGAGGCUCGGGGAAAAGACAUACAGCGCAGUCGACUCAAAAGGACUUGCGUCAUCAACAGAAGGUUCUACGAGAUCAUGGCCUUGUCAUGGGUCAUGUUAAUGACGAAUUCCUUUCUUAAUUUUAAUUUUAUGUAAAAAUUUAAAACUAAAAUGUAUUUUUACAGUGCACUUUGCACUGAUAUAUCAUUAUGAAGGACAUUCUCUACCAUCACUGAUUUUGCUUUCAGUAGCUUUUUAAACAUACAUUUAUUUGUUUAACGUUACACUUA